UAUUUAAAGGAAAUAGAAUGAGCUACAACUAAUUUAAAAUGCAAUACAAUAAUGCAAUAAUAAGUACAAUAUUGUAAUAGUAUUCUCCAUACCGAGGGAGUACUCCAGCAUGCACUACUUUAAUGUUCUACAACUACUUAAGUACUUUUACUGAAGUACAGUUGAAUGUAUACGUUAUAAAUCCGUUGAAUUUUUCUCCAGUUUUAACCAUAGAUGUGGUUGGUCUUCAGAGGUAUUGUGUUUAUUUCUAUAUAUUUUGUGUUGGUACUUCGUGGACUUUGUUUUUCUAGGAAAACAAUGGAGGAAACUGCCGCCUCGUGCCAGAUUCCAUUCAAAGUUCUACCAAUUUAAGGUCGCGUGCUUCGUCUGCUGGUGUACAAAUCUGCUUAAAACACGUACAUAUUUAUAUUAAUGCGUAUUUGUAUCCGUUCUUUGAUUCUGUACAAACACAGUGAGGAUCCGGGUUUUAAAAACCCGCGUGUGACUAAAUAAGUGAAAGUAGUUUCCCAUGCGCGCACUACCUGUACCUUCUGUGUGCCACCUGUGUGCGUGCGCGCACGCGUCGGUCCACCUUAAAUCGCUGGCGCUCUGCACCACGUGACCGGGUUCCUGGAAAGUUCCUGGAAACGCGUCUUUGUGCUCACGGGGCUCCGGGGCCAUUCGGCGGCUCGCUGGCGGCGGUGAGGCCGAGGAUCAGCGACCGGAGGACGGGCACCGGGCACCGGGAGACACGCACGGAGCUCCGAUAAAUCAGCCCAGUUUGUUUGUUUGUUUGUUUGUCGGCUCCGGCUGUGAGUGACGUCCCGGGGACCGGACGCUUGUUUUUUUUAUCGACGGUUCGUCCAUUAAAAGGAAUCGCGAACCGGACGGAACCGACACCGGGACUGUUACCGACAGGUCGCGUUCGGUGGCCACCGCGGCGGCUAGUUAGCGGCUAGUUAGCAGCUAGCUCCGACACCCCAGAGACCAGUGCCCCCCCACCCGCCCCAUGUCUGAGCUGUGGACCUGCAGCUGACGGUUGGACCUGUCCAAUGACCUGCCAGUCCUCCGAGUCCACGGACACCAUCGAUGGCGACGGACGAGCCCACAGCACCUCCACCUCGGUGGGGUCAGACGAGAGCCGCAUCGCCUCGGCCAUGAAGGACCUGAGGAACACGGGCUGGUACUGGGGCGGUCUCACGGCCAAUGAGGCCAAAGAGGUUCUGCAGGACGCGUCGGAGGGGACGUUCCUGGUGCGAGACAGCUCGCAGAGGGACUUCCUGUUCACCAUCUCGGCCAUGACGUCGGCGGGUCCCACCAACCUGCGGAUCGAGUACAAGCACGGCAAGUUCAAGCUGGACUCUGUGGUGCUGGUGAAGCCCAAGCUGAGGCAGUUUGACAGUGUGGUCCACCUGGUGGAGCACUACGUCCACCUGUCCCGGACAGGGGACAAGACGCCGUCGGACCCCCGUCCUAACGGCACGGUGCAGCUGCUGCUCACCCGGCCGGCGUACACGGCAACGCCGCCACUGCAGCACCUCUGCCGCGUCGCCAUCAACCGCAGGACCCGGCGGGUGGAGGAGCUGCCGCUGCCCAACAGGCUGAAGGACUACCUGACGGAGUAUGGCUACAAGGUGUAGCAACUCCCAGCAUGCACUGCUCCCGUGCGGAGUCCCCAAGGUCCUCCUGAAGUACUAGUACUACUAAUGCUGUAGUUUUCUGCAGUAAGUACUUGUACCUUUUCUACACAUCCCAGAGGCUGAGCAGCUAAAGUGAUUCGCUGUGUCGUCUGUAAAGGGUUCACGCCUUCAAACGCCUCGUUUUGUCCUCCACUCAAAGACGUACAGUCCUCAGAUCUUCUCUUCGGUGGACGUGUUUGUUUGGAACGACCUUUCAUUAAAACCUCUAUUGAGAGUUACUGUUAUGAAGCUGAAUGAAGAACCUGGACCUUCAGCCGGCGAUGGUUUUAUACUUCUUCAUCAGAGGCAGACUGCUCUGAGACCUAAGACCUCCGAGAGGAAGCCCUCUGGACCUCCUGAGAGGACCUUAAUAGUUUUGGUGAUUGCUCGUGUUCGUUCUGAUGAUCAGUCACAGAAAAUAUCUGAUUAAACUAAAAGCUUUGUUUCUAACAAGCUCGUGUUUGGUCACAGGAAGAUGUUACCUGCUAAACUUUUAUUUAUGGAUAAAUGCAUUCAAUCACACAUUUAGAGCGGAGGUUUUAGUUUGUGAGUUAUUAGUUGUUAUAAUAAUGAUCAAUUAGUUAACGGUUAAUGAGGUUGUUUUCAUCACAGAUAUUUUUUUCAAUAAUUUGAGCUUUUAAGAAACACUGGUGUAAAUAAACACGUUUUUCUGUGGUAACUCAUUUCAAUUCGCGGUUUAAAGCAUUUCUUUGUUUCCAGAAAAAAAAAAGACUCAAUUUAAAGCCAAAUACAUCAAUCAUCAAUAGUGAAUUAUUUAUUAUUGGAAGCUUUCAUUUUUCUAUAUUCGUCGAGUUGAACGUAAAUCUUUCUCUGACCAAGUAUAAUAUAUAUAUAUAUAUAUAUUAUUAUAUAUAUAAUAUGACCAAAGUACAUAAUUGUUCAUAUUGUUCAUGUUAGAGCAAAGUACUGAAGGUUAAAACUAUUCUACAUUUAAUAAAAUUAUUAUUUACACAAAAAAAUCUAAAUCUAAAACAGAAAAAUCUGGCUUCAUGUUUCCUUUUUUCAGGAAAAGCCCGACAGCAAAGGUCCUCAUCUUCACCAUCAUCUUCCUCAGCUCUAAGCGGAGGCCUCUGAUUGGCCGACAGACGUCUGUGAGGUUCAGUUUAGGUGAGACCGUAGAAAACAAAUAGACGGCAGAAUGGUGGACCUUGUCCUCACUGGGUGGAGACCAGCAGCACUGUGGACCAAUCAAAUCUCAGGAAAACAGUCCUCCGUCCUCUAGGACUGUGGACCAGACCACAGGACAGAAUUUCAGAAACGUAUUUUUACGGAUAGGCCCUGAACGCAGCAUUAAUCCAAACAAGUCCAAUAAACGUAUAUGAUGAAUCAGCAGAUUAUGAACGUGUUAAUCGGCUGCUUGUAUUCGCUCUCCUGUUGUGUGAAGACCGUAAACCAGACUCCAUUUAACAAAUACAUCUUUUAAGGAUUCCUUAUUGCUUGACAGCAGCUUCUUCAAAUGUUUCCGCCGAUUGUUUCUGUGACUCCCAACAAAACACAAAGGACUCGUUUAAAUGUCUCCGUUGUAAACGAGGGACGAGGCCCUCGUGUUCGUGAGUACAUGUUUGAGAACGCGAGCAGAUCACCGCUGAGUCCCUUUAAUGUUGAACAGUAUUUAUUGAUUGUGUCACACUGUGUUUCCUGGUACAAUAAAAAUGUUUCAUGGUGCUUCAUCC